AUGUCGGAGUGGAAGUUCAGGAAUGAGAAAAAACAGCUUUUGCUUGGAAUCAGACGAGCCAGCCGUCCACAGACUGUGAUGCCCUCUUCUGUUCUUUCAAGUGACAGCAUGCACAUUGGGCUCCUUGCAGCAGCAGUUCAUGCUGCUGCAACAAACAGCCGCUUCACAAUUUUCUAUAAUCCUAGGGCAAGUCCGUCAGAAUUUGUUAUACCCCUUUCGAAAUACAUCAAGGCUGUUUUUCACACGCGGAUAUCAGUUGGGAUGCGAUUCAGGAUGUUGUUUGAGACUGAGGAAUCUAGUGUCCGUAGGUACAUGGGGACAAUAACAGAAGUGAGUGAUGCUGACCCAGUGCGUUGGCCUAGUUCCUAUUGGAGAUCAGUGAAGGUUACAAAAAUGAUGAAUUUAUAG